UGCUGAAGCUCAUUCAUGCUGGUGUAUUUUUGUCACACACACACUCAUAAAACACCCCCAGAAGAAGAUGGCAAGCGAGGAUUUUAUCUCGUGAAAAAUGUGAAAUUGUGCACGUUUUCUGUGAUGUAUCGACCCUAAAGUGCAUGCAAUCGUGAGUUUGAGUGACAAUGCAUGCGUUGUGAUAGAAAUCCGGCCGAAAACGGACAUGUUUAGUGGUAUAAUUUAAGGUGGAAUAUUCGGAGAGGGGGACUCAAAUUAGUCACCCCUUUUGGUUGGUCGGUCGGAGGAGGAGGAGGAAUCGCAAGCGAGAUCUUCGAAGGAAUUUCUUCUCGUCGUCACCAAAUAAUAUAGCAGGAGUCAGCCAGUGGUAUAGAGCAGCAAUAGCUUUUAGUGCAAAGUGGAAGGCGAAAACAACACACACGAAAAGUGGUGGUCAGUGAAGCGAAGGCAGUAGUCGCGGUGCUCUGGGAAAAUGGCUUACAUCAAUGUGGCCGAAUGGAGCAGCGAUCAGGUCACGGACUGGUUAAAAGGCCUCGAUAACUCGAUGUAUCACUACGUACAGUCGUUUACCAACAAUGAAGUAGGUGGCCGGCAACUACUCAACAUUCGUCCCUACGAGUUGGAGCAACUCGGGAUGCUAUCGAUAGGUCAUCAAGAAAUCGUGCUGGAAGCUGUGGAGUAUCUUAAGAAUUUUAAUUACAACUUAGACAAGGAAAAUCUACAACUGCUGGCCUUGCAUGUUGCCUCGGCGGCGCGGUCACUUUGCAAGCAACUGGAAUACUCGGAUCAAACCAAACUCGAAACGCAGAUAUUGAAGGAUAUUACUCGGACCAUAGGGGCACUGAAGCCGUUGAUAGGAUGGCUUGAUCGAGCUCCAUUUAGAGGUCAGCUUCAAUUCGAUGAAUUGCGGACGCAGAUGAUGAGACUUGGUCUCGAAAUGGCCACCAUGGCUAUGCGUGAUCGAUUCUCCGUAAAGCCUGUGGAAACGAUUCACAAUGUGGCCGACAAACUAGCGAAAAUAGCCGACUAUAUCAUCCAGGAUAUUUCCGAUCCGAUGGUUCUACAACCGGCAUCGCUUGACCUCGUCACCCUAAAGAAGCGGGAAUCCGAUCUUGGCUUCUUGAUCAUGCCCAGCUUGAAUGGAAUUCACAGGAUUGCCGAAAUAAAAUUCAACUCCCCCGCACACAACUCUGGCAAGGUGGAGGAAGGUGAUGAAAUAGUACAGAUCAACUACCAAACCGUGGUUGGCUGGGAGUACAAGAAGGUUCUCGUACAGCUACAGGAAUCGCCACCUGACGUUCUACUGACGUUGAAAAAACGACCUAAGCACACGAAAAUUUACGGCCAAAUCUACAUCAAACCGUACCGGUUGCCGAGCAAGAAACGAUCUAUGCCCUAUCGGUGGGGCGAGAGUCUGCCUAGCCCCCGGGCCGAACUGUUUGCUCUGCAAGAUUUCAGUCUCCCGCUGACACUGGCACGGGUACCGGAGAAGCACGUUUCGUCGGACUCCGAGUCGGAAGGCAGUGAUAUUCUAACGCCAACGGAUGUGAAAAAGUCCGACAAAGACAUUCGCCUGUACAUGCCAAAACCGAGAGCGGUGCUGCAGAGGAGACACUCGCUGUCCAACUUCAAAGAUCUGGUCAGCGUGUCGUUUUGGCACGAACGUCAAUCGAAACUACUGUCUGCCGAUCCGCAAAAUCUGCGCGACAAAUCCCUCUCGUUCGGAUUCGGCCUGGAGAUGGCACCGAGGCCAACGACCUGUUUGGGCAUGGUAGGCGGCACAGGUAGCGGUGUUGGAUCCUCUGAACCGGGAAAACUGAACAGUUUCGCUGGCUUGAAAGGAUCUUUACCGGAUAUCAUCCCGCCGGAAAAGAGUGGAACGUCAAAUGCCACCACCGCGGAAGGCGAUGACUACAAACCAGGAAUUUCCAAAGUAGUUCGCUUCGAGUCGAACAUGAAGUUUGAAGAGUGCCAUAUCGACACCAAGUACACCUGCAAUGUGGACAAUACGGUGUUGGAAACGUUCGAACCCAUCCCGUACGUGGACGAAGAGUUACCGGCUCAAAGUGUAAACGAGCGAGUGAAACGAUUCGAAUCGAUUGCCAACAGAAAAUGUGCCAACAACAACAACAACAGUAGCAGCAGCAGUGGCAGCUCAACUUCGAGUGCUUCCAGUAAUGUUGAACCCAGUAAAGUAGCAUGUAACCAAAACUCCAACGAGAAAGCUAUCGGCAAUGGUGGUAACUCGAACGGCAUCAGUACUACGACCACUGGUAGCGAGAAUAGUAACAGCAGUAGUAGUAGCACCAACAACCACCGACCACUGGUGAAACCGAUUCCGAUGCAGAGACAAAUUUCGCGGGAAACUGAUAUCGCAGAAGCCAUCAAUACGGUGCUGAUCAAUCGGGACACGGUGAAGCGGGGUCGCCUGGACAAGAGUCACAGCACGCCUGCCUACGACGAUGAUGAUAUUCCCCCAGCCAUCGAACCACGGAAGGAACACCUAUUCAAGGCACCACCGGUUCCACCUCCAAGGCCAAAAAGAACCCUCGAAUCGAACAUCAACCUCGUACCGGAAAAGCCACCUCCACCGUCACCAGCCGUACUAGCGGCAGCCGCAGCCGCUGCCGCCACAUCCGCACCAUCUACUCCGGCAGAUCUGGGAUUCAUCAGCCCUCAGCAAGCCUCCGUUUCCAGUGCCGAACACGGCGAGGACAACAACAAAUCCAAACUGGCCAACCUGGUCGAUCUGAAAAAUCGUGAUAUUAGCUCGCACGCAGAACCACCGUCGAGUCCUUUCAUCCUUUCGCCACCACCCAAACCGGCGGACAGAGUCGUAGCCCCUCCUCGACGGGUGCCAGUGGCAAAACAUUUCCUAGAAGGUUCCGUCGAAUCCCCCUCGGAGCUCUACACCCCGAACAAAACGAAAAGCUUGACGUUGAAAAAGAAGAACUCCAUACUGUCCAAGCGGAGAAAGGUCUCGCUGAAGACGCUUUGUGUCAGUGACAUUCAAGGCCAUCUGUACCGAAGAACAAAGGACCGAAGCGGUCUGGCCUAUUGGGCCAAGUACUACUUUGUGCUCAUUGAAACUACUCUCUACGGUUUCAAAUCUAAAGACUCCCACAAGGCAAACAGCAUGAUAUUCCUGUCGGGAUUUACGAUCUCCUUAGCGAAGGAAGUUCACUCGAAACCGUAUGCUUUCAAAGUGUAUCAUCCGAAUAAGACGUUCUAUUUUGCUGCUGAAACGCAGGAAGCUCUGGGACAAUGGAUGGAAUACAUCAAGCAAGCUACACUGAAGGGGAACAGUACAGCCCCAGGCAGUGGCUCAGCCGAUCAUAGUGUGAAGGAAUUGUUCUCCGAGACCGACAGCUCCGAGGACGAGUUCAGUUUGAUGGAUAGUCAAACGAAGCUCAAUCUGCUCUGUACCCCCUCACCACAGCUGUCGUCUUCCUUGGGUAGGGCCUCGGAACAACAUUCGAUGCAAGCGGAGGGUAGCAGCAGCAGUACUCCAACAUCAUCCAAGCAGGAAAAGUACCAUCUUAAUUUUGGAUCGUUAAAAAAAUUCACCAAGAGCUAUCCUUUUAACUCCGACAGCGGCGGGACGAGUGGCAGUGGAAGUAGUGAGAGCAGGUUUUUUGGAUUUUUCAGCUCUCACAAAAAUGUAGAAAAGUCCAACUCUAGCGAAAUGCCAGUUCCCACGUCGCAGUUUCGAACCUACCGUAAGGUACCCGGAAAUAGUGCGCUUCUGCAUAACGGUGGGGCAAGUUCUGUUUCAACCGAAGUAAUUCCGUUGGUUGUAGGACAUGAGAUCAAAACUGCAAGCAAUCUAUCGCUGGCAUCCAUCAGUGCUCAAGAUAAACUGCCACCCAUUCCAGUGGAGGAUAAACAUCAUCCCACUCCUGUGGAGGAUAAACCUCCUGUAAUUGUGGAGCCACUCCCUUCGGAACCAUCCACCCCGAAUCCAUGUGAAACAGAUGAACUGCUGAACCGUGCCAAGAAAACCAAACGGAUUUCUCCGCACAACUUCAUCCACGCAUCCAACCCCAACUUAGUGGAGUUUGAUUUCCAGACAUCGAAGGCUAUAAUGCAAUCUUCCUCCAACUGGGAUCAUAAUCCAUCGCACAGCAACUUGCAUUCAAUGAUCACACUGAAAGAUUUGAUGCUGCAGAAACAGGCAGAAGAAGCUCAGGACAUGUACAACAAGCGAGUUUGUUUGGGAGUGGAGAAACUAGACGAUCGUAACAUGAAGAAGACCCUAGCCAAGCAAAGUGAAAUCAAACCGGAGAAUACGGUGGCCAAUGUUCCGGAAGCGGUCAAUAAGAUCCAGAAACGGCGGCUCCCCAUCACUCCGGAUUAUGCUCAAAGCUUCAAGCUGGAUGAUGAAGAUAUUCUCUACACUAGAAGUAAGGAGGGUCAAAAGCUGAGAGAUUUCGGCUACGAAUUGAUUUCAGGAGACGAUACGUUUGACUUGAAAAAUGCGACCGGCUCUUCCACUGCUGCCACCAGCGGGUUGGUGAGUCAUCAUGAUACCAAGCGAAACGAAGGAAGUGGCUCAAUCAAAAAGAAAACCCUCAAUUGGAUCAGUUCCGACCGGAGAAACGAAGAAUCAUCCUCAUCGGAUCGUUCGCUGAGGGAUAGUUUCAAGAAAUCGAAAAACAAAGCCGUCAUAGCCAAGCUUGACAAUAUUAAGGCGAGCAGCGAAAAGCUGUUCCAGUUCAAACACAGUAGCAAUAACGACAAGGAAUCGUUGAAAACCAAACAGCUGGACAAAACGACUCCAUCGCUCAAUGUGAACCUAAAGCAAUCGGGACCGUUCGGCAGUCUCACGAAAAACCAUCCCGGAACACCACUGCUCGAUCAGUCGACUAUUUUCAGCUCAACCACGACGUCCGGUGCAUUCAUCACAACUAGCCAAAUCCUCCCCGGUGGAGGCGGUUCGACGAUAACGAGCUACAUCCCCGGUGGAAUCAAGAAAUCCAACACGUGCAAUAGUUCCUCGGACUUCAAGGAGAACACUUCGAAGGUGCAAAAUUUGCGGAAAAAUUCCGCCCCGGAACGGACGGCUUCGUACUUUACGAAGCUUUCGUUCAGUAGCUCUUCGGGGAAGACUCCCAAGGAGAAGAAGCUUCUGGGCUCGCCGGGGCUCCACAGGGCGUUCUUCGGGAAGAAUCAACACCAGCCGACCGUAAUCGAUCAUGAGGUGUUUUCGCCCAUCACUUAUACGAAGAGCAACCUCCCCUCCGCCGAAGGCACCCUGCAGUCGAGUUCCACCACCACCAUGACCAGCACCAUAACGGCUGGCAGCCUACAGUCGACUGCAAGCACCACCUCGGUGUUGACCAGCAACCUGUCGAACCGAACCUCGCCAGACUACCCGAACAUGGAGUACCCGCCGGUGUUCGAGCCGGAAACCUACUCGCUGAGUGAUCCCACCAUGACGCUACUCAAGCGCCGUCAAAAUCAUCACCCGAAAUGACGGAAGCUGGCCACGGUCCGGGAGCACGAGAGUGGGUAAGUAAGUAGUAGUCAAGUCACAAUGAUCUUCUCCCGAGGCCACUGUAUGAACAACAACAACACUUGCAAACGCAAUGUUAAUUUGCUACAAAAGUUUACGUGAUUCUUAGCGGUUAGUGUGAAAUGAUAUUAUAUUCUUAUGGUAAAAAUUCUAAUUCGCAUAUAAGUAUAAAAUGUUAUACAUUUCCAAUUAAUCGGAAGGUGCUGUAAAAGUUGUUUUAUAAUGGUUUACUUGAAGAUGGUUAUUAUAGAUUUAAACCGUUUGUAACCAAUUAUUUAUGAUUGAAAUAACGCACUAAACUAUAUAUAUAUACCUAAAUCGAAUCAAUUAAUUGCAUGAAUUCUACUACUUCAUUUAACGCCAACAGUGCAGCAAUUGUGAUCCCAAAAUAUGGUUACUGAAUCUGAAUAUUAGAACAUGCCAUGUUUCCUUCGUAGACCGAUGAAAGCGAUUUCAAAUUAAACUGGUUUGAUUAGCACCGCUUUCUGUUUAUACUUAGCUACAACAAGUAAGAUGUUUAGAUGAGCAUUUAAGCACUACUCAACGUAAUCAAACAAACUCGAAACAUUUGCAAGAUAUUUUAGUGGUAAUUUUCUAUACCUAAAUGCAAUCGCUUCCAAACAUUCCUUCAACAGGCUAGCGCGGAAACUACAAAUGUUGUAGCAACAGUAGUGUUAAAUCAUGUGGUAUGAUCAGUUAUCCUAUUCAAAAACAGAAAAACCUGCGCGUGCUACGCGGUAAUGUAAUUAAUUCUUAUGUUAGAACAGUAGGUGUCCCAAGACAAGUAUAGUGCCUUACUAGAGUUUGAGUUAUGAUAAAAUUAAACAGUCGGUUAAAUGUUACAGUUUUCCUAUGAAUAA